AUGACAAACUGGUCGGGAUUUCUUUUUCCCGGAUGUAAUGCUUAUAAAAUGUACAGACGCAUUUUCACAUCACCUGCCAUCAUCUUUCUUUUCACUCUCUCUCUCUCUCUCUCUCUCUCUCUCUCUCACACCUUUUUCCUUUUUUUUUUUUUCCAUUUCAUAAUCUAUCUAUCUAUCUAUCUAUCUAUCUAUCUAUAUAUAUAUAUUGAUGAAAAUCGAGAUUCAGUGUUUAAACGUGAUAUGACCGAGGCAGUGUCAAUUAUUUGGUGGUACAACAAUAACAUCUAUCUAUCUAUCUAUCUAUCUAUCUAUCUAUCUAUCUAUCUAUCUAUCUAUCUAUGUCUGUUCAUCUAUCACUCUAUCAAUGGCAAUCUCUUCAUAUCUAUCUAUCUAUCUAUCUAUCUAUCUAUCUAUCUAUCUAUCUAUCUAUCUAUCUAUCUAUCUAUAUACUUGACUAAGCUCAGUAACUAUCUUCUUUUCUCUGUUUAUCUUUGUCCGAUUUUUCUUUUAGGUUUCCUUCCUGAUAAAAAUUCAUGUAUCUUAUGGCUGUGUAUAUUUUUUGUCGACAGUUGCCGCAAAUAG